AUGUCAGACCAACGAGGAUCACAGGCGUCAGGGUCCUCGCGUAGCGUCCGACGCAAGUCUUACUUCUUCGCUGAGCCUGCGGAAGAUCUGACUGUUAGGAAUGAGAACACACCUAGCAAACAGAAGAAGAUUCAUAUAACUCCUCCGCAGCGCAAAGCUUCCAUAUCCACUCCUCCAUUCAACCCUACGGCGGCGCAAUUUGUGCCUAAACCAGUCGCUGGAUCCGAGAAGAAUAAGACGGCUCCUAGAAAUGAAAAUGUUAAUGGUGCGAAUUCUAAUGGUUUGGCGGAACCACAGGGCACCACCAACAAAUCCACGGCUGCUGCUGACCCGAUGCUCUCCACUGCCCUGGUACCUCGCAGCAUAACAAAUACUGCUGGUGCGGAAGGGAACACCCCCAGAGCUAAAGCAGUUGAAAAGAUGAAAGACAUUCGAAUGGCUGAUCUAUUCAGCAUAGUUCUCGCGCACGAGACGGCUAAACGGGAGAACGACCAGCUCAAACGCUCCCUCGACCUGGUCGAAGAAGCGGGUGAGCAACUGGCGCAGAAGUGUGCGGAUCUAAUCAUGGAAAGGGAUCACCUAAAGGAACUCAGCGAGGGUGCGGACGAAAGGUACAGAGCUUACGCUAAACGUGAGUUUGCGGACGCUGCGCAUUUGCGCGACUUAAUCGAGGACCUCGAUCAGGAGAAAUCCAAGUUGAUAGAGGACAACGAGGAUCUAGAAGGGGAGAUCAAGAAGGUUACAAACCAGGUACUGAAUGGUUGUAUUACCCAUCAGUCCGCACUUGGCCAUGUGGAGAACAAUCUUCGAGAGCAGCUUACUUCCUUCUGGGAAGAAAACACGAACCUAAAGCAGGAACUCUCUGCCCUUAAAGAGAGCCUCACCCUAGCGACGGAGAGGCCGAACCCUGCGCCGAUCGACUCUAAGGAGUACCAAGACCUAGCACGGAACCUGAACGAGGAGAGGAUCCGACGCCAGAAUGUCGAACACACGGUCAAUAAGCUCACAGCCGAGCUCAACAAUGAGAAGGAAACCGGCCUAACGAGCGAGGAAGCUGGGCAGCUGCGCAGAGAGCUCGGCGAGAGGGCCUGGGAACUUGACGAGCUACAGGAGGACUUGGACAAGUUGAAAGAAACAUUGCGGACCGCCGAGAGGGUGUUCCGCAAGGUCAGCGAGCAUUCCACGGUUCGCGCUGAGUCGCUAGGGGGGUUGUCGAAGACGCUUGUGGAGGAGAAAGGGAAAGUGGUGCUGCUGAAGGAUCGGUCGAACCAGAUGGCGGACGUUAUCAAUACGGUUCUUCAAGAGACCGCUACGUCGCAGAUGGGUUCGAAACAGUAA